CGCCGCUCUCUGACGUCACGCUGUCAGACCUUCUCCAGUCGUGCCUGGCGUGACGCAACGCCUUCCUGUGUCGGGCUGGGCCCCCUGGUCUGACAGGACCCCCCUCUCUCCCCCCCCCUCCCCCCGAGGUGGCCGGCGGUAAGUGACAUCGUUACCUUCCUUACCUGUGACGUCACCCUCGCCCCCCCUCUCUUCCAGGCCGUGACGUGGAGGGUGUGACGUCACAGAGGCAGGGUGAACCCCCCCUUCUCCUGUGAAGCUGCUUUGCAGUGGGGGCGGGGUCAGCAGAGUGCUGAAUGUGGGGGUACAGGGCACCCCAAUGCCUGGAUACCCGUGACGUCAUACUGAAUGACGUCACGCAGCAUUGUCUGCCAUGCUAUGCUGGCCAGUGUGACGUCAUGGACCUCCACGUGACCCCCCCCCCCCAUGCCUUUGGCCAGCCUAGUUUAUGGCUGCUUGUUUAUAUGUCUUGUGAAUAUUGUAAUGUUCUGUUUCUUGGGGUCCUUUUUAUUAUGGUUUUAUAAGGCGCCAACAUAUUCCGCAGCGCUGUACAAUAUAUAAAACUGAGUUGAUUAGGAGAGGCUGCGCUGUGUGUCCCCAGUAGAUUGUGUUUGUUUCUAUCUAUGGUGGUGUGUUUGAGGAGUCCCCAAGGGGUGCUCUUAUCACCUAUAUUAAGGAAACAUUAUAGGGUCAGGAAUACAAACUUGUUAGGUGGAUGUCACCAUUGUGCAGCACUGACUCAGGAAGCACCUCUAGUGGCCGUCUGAGUGACUGCCACGUGAGGUGUUCCUAGGCAGCAAUAGCUGUGUUUGCAGCAAAAAUCCUGCAGGCUAUACACACUAGAAUUACAUUAAGCUAAGCUGUAGUUCUGGUGACUACAGCAUAGGCAACCUUUGGCACUCCAGAUGUUUGGACUACACCUCCCAUGAUGCUUUGCAUUAUGGGUGUAAAAGCAUUGUGGGGGAUGUAGUACACAACAUCUGGAGUGCCGAAGGUUGCCUAUUCCUAAGCAAAUAUGUAUUUGCUUGCUUCUACACUGCUGUAUUUCACUCCUUACAUACUGGAACUGGGCGAUUCCAUCUUGGCACACUGUCACUUAACAUUAUAAAAUUUGCCCUUUGUCUGCCAUUGAGGUUGGUGGUCGAGAAUAAAUCGAAGCAAUGUUUCUAUGCUCAUUUGCAUUGUUUUCCCUGAAUGUUUUUGGUCUGAACUGGCUAAUGUCCAUUGCCCAACUGUUAAUAUAAAUGUAAAGUAACUCUCCCACCCCAUGACAACUUAUCUCUGUGAAGUUAUGUGGAUUGUAAUGCAUGGCUGCCGUUUCAGUUAAAGUUUGAAGUUGGUCCCCUGUCAGCACUGCCUCCUCUGGUUAUUGUUCAAUUCAGGAAUGUUUGCUGUUGUAGUGACAGGCUGACGGUCUCAGGUUGUCACCAGCUGCAAUGGCAAACUUUCCUGGACUGAAUGGUGUUGGAGGAUGCAAAGAGGUUAACUUUGAGGUUAAAAAAACUUUUUAAAAAUAGCUUUUCCCUCAAAAGGAAUACCAUGCCAAAUGACUUCAGCCCACUUUUUUGUAUUUUUUUUUUUUUUUUUAAUACAGCAUUACGUAAUAAAAUAUAUAAAGUUACAGUGGUGUAAUUUUCAGAGAAGUUAUGGUUCCCCUUUAAUGGAACACUCAAAGUGUGCUGUAGUUGUUAUGGUGCCCUGACACCCUCCCCAAUAUAAGUCCUAUUAAUAGAAGUCCUACUAGGUGCUCCGGUUAGCUUUCCUGAGUUAAGACUUACAGAUUGCUCUCGGCCAAUAAGCUAAGCUUUGUGCUGCUGGGCUUAGGUCAUUGAUGAGAGCUUCCAGCUGUAAAGGAGUCAUAGAGCAGCCGACUCCAGGUAAGAACGGUUGUCAAACCAUUGGCAACAAAUUUUAUGUUUGUUCUCUUGGAGAGAGCAAGAGAUUUUACAGUUCUAAAGUCUUCUAUUAUCUAAGCUAAAUGUGCAUUUGUCCUAAAAGACAAAGUCCAGUACUGUAUAGAUUAAAGGUAAUGCUUUUAAAAAUAAAAAAUAAAAAAAAAUUGACACACACUCACAAAGUUACACACCGUGCAAUCUGUUUAAAUCUGCUCUGUCACCUUUUGGCAUAUUUGCAUAUUUUGGUGUGCGGUGGCCUGGAGAUGCAAUGUUUGUGGAUGCAGUCCCCUGUGGGCGUUUGUUUUGUUGUUUUUUUUUUUAUGUGCCUGGUGCUUUGCUUGCCAGGGGCCCACGUCAGUGCUGUACUCAUGCACAUGUAUGAGUACAAUACUGAUAUCUGUGGAAGAUUCAGUGAGACUGCGGGUGCCUCCAUAGACAUUCAGAGAAACUGCUAUGUUUAUAAAUGGGUUAAUCCAGCCUCCAGUGGCUGUCUCUGUAAAAAUCAGUGAGAAGACGCCAGCGUCUAUAGGAAAGCUUUGUGAAUGUGCGCGCGGCUCUUGUCGCGCAUGCGCAUUCAGCUGACGAGGAGAAGGAGAUCUCGGCGCUGGAGAAAGAGGUAAGUUUAACCCCUUCCUCUCCCCAGAGCCCGGUGGGAGGGGGACCCUGAGGGUGGGGGCACCCUCAGGGCACUAUAGUGCCAGGAAAAAGAGUGUGUUUUCCUGGCACUAUAGUGGUCCUUUAAGACCAAUUAUUCCUUAUUUUGUUUUAUGAUGUUCUUUGGCUGUGUUGUAAUUUCAGUGAAAAUCCAACACCGUUAAUAAGGAUUUCAUAAGCAUAUUAUCUUUAUGAAAUUGUAUUUAUUUUUUUAGGGAGGUGGGUUAACAGAUCCGCUAUAAAUUUGUUAAUACUUUGGUCACUAACGCAUCGGUCCUCUGUGUUUUUAACCUAAAUUUACCUUAAAGUUGGAUAAAAUGUACAAUAUGGCAGUAGCAUAAAUUCUGCUUUACUGAAGUAGCUUAAUAUAGGAUAGUAAGUGGUCCCCUAGGAUAGCCCCAAUUUAUGUCAAAUUGGUCCUUUAAUUUCAAUGUAUUUUGGCUUGUUGUCAAAAGUGUGUGUGUGUAUAUAUGUGUACACACACACCAUCCCCCCACUCAUUUCUCCCCCCCCCCCAUUCUUAAUACAUGACCUGAUGCAUAACUAACUAAUCCAUGAGCUAUAUGUCCGUUAUUGUAUAGAGGGGUACAGUCCUGGACAUAGCACUAUAUAAAUAUGGGCCAGGGCAGAGGUUUUGACUCUAUUGCUAGUCUUUUGGUGUAUGCUUGGUUGUUUACAAUACAAUGUUCACCUUUUUGUCCCCCUUUUUUUUUUUUUGCCACAGGAAAUGGGGAUGGAGUUGCCCCCUCCCACCAUGAUAGAGGGCCUUGGUGAUGAGGUGACUGUAGCAGUUGGGAUUUUCAUCUUAUUCUUGGCACUAAUCCUAGCAUGGUUGUCCACUUAUGUGGCAGAAGGGAAUGAUCCACUUCUGGGUAGCCUAAUGCCUAUUGGGCGCAGGGAGCCUGUCCUAGGACUAAGUAACUCAGCUCCUCCCACGCCUGAACCUCAACGUUCUCCAGAGCCUCAAGUGGAAAAACCAGAAGAAGGAGAGCAAGGUUCAGGGGACGAACAGGGUGCAGGCAAUGAUAGUGCCAACCUGGACGAGAUGCUGGAUAUCCAGGCAGUGCCAAACCGUGACCGUUCUGUGCCUCAACAAACGCAUGAGAACAGAGUUGGGCAAGAUGAGGGGCUAGAACAUAGCAGAGACCAAGAGAGUGGACAGGAUCUUGGCAAAGAAGAGGAUGAAAGCUGUAUGCAAGAACUUGGCGUGGAAGAGCAGACCGUGCAAGAAAUUGCUGGGGGACAGGAACUUACAAAAGAACGCGUAGAAGAGCCCCAACCGGAAGAAUUACUUAUCUCAGUUAGACUCAAGUUCUUGAAUGACUCUGAAGAGGUGGCCCUGGUGAGACCCGAUGACACAAUUGGAACUCUGAAAAGGUAAACUUGGAUGGUGUGCUGGGGUUGGAUGGAAGAGGAGAUAACUUAAGAAUACAUCCAUUGUGAUUCGCAGUUAUGUCAAUUCCUAAAUUCUUUUAUGAAAUACUUAUAUUAACUGUAUUAGAAUUUCAGUGAUGGCUAGGGGUGGGAGAGGAGGGGGGAAGCAUAGUCUAUGGAGAUCCCUGCAAUUUAACAGGAUCCUCCUUAGACCUCUGUGUUGUACUCUGCUCAUGCACAAGAGUACAAGACUGAUAUGGAGGACCCACCGGACUAAAUGGCAGUGGCCACGAGGGACAGCUUUGGGUCAGUAAAACAGUUUCCUGUGCACCCACCGGUCACUGCAAAGUGUAGCAAUCACUAUUAGGUGGGGUGGGGGGGUUAGACCCCCAGACAGGGACAGAGCCACUCAGAACACUCUUAAGCAACUGUAAAAUGUAUAUAAUUAAUGAUAACUAGAUUUGCAAGUAAAGCAUUUUUGUAAUCUAUAUAUGUGACAAUUCUUUCCUCUGUGUAUAUUGCUGUUUUUAUUUUGUUUUUUUUGGGGUGGGGGCUUUUGAAUAUGAAUGUUGGUGCUUCAGGUGAGCCUCCAAAUAAACUGAAACAUAUGAGACUUAAUAAAACUGAUGUAUCCAUGUUACUUUGGAAGACGUCGUAGAUCUUUAAUAUAAAAUAAUGAACUUAUUGGAAGGUUGACUUGGGAAGCUCUAGAAACGUCUGAAGUAGAGAAGUUUCUUUUCUAUAAUUCCUUGUUUUACUUUUUCUUUACCCUUUGUCUCCUAAUGCAUUUUCUCUUUAUUUUACCAUUACAGUAAAUAUUUUCCUGGUCAGGAGUCACUGAUGAAGCUUAUCUACCAGGGUCAACUUCUCCACGACUCCUCUCAAACCCUUCGCUCCCUCCACAUUACAGACAACUGUGUUAUUCACUGCCACCGUUCUCAGGCUACCGUCCAGUCCAAUCCAGCUGGCCCUGAGUCAGGGGGGUCCUCUCCAGAACAUGCUGGCCUUGCACCCCCCAUCGGGAACCUGAUGAUCCCAGUCUUUGUGGUUAUGUUGGCUCUGAUCUGGUAUUUCCGGAUCAACUACCGUCAGUUUUUCACUGCGCCUGCCACAGUCUCAUUGGUUGGUGUGACAGUGUUCUUCAGCUUCUUGGUUUUUGGCAUGUAUGGACGAUAAAAUGAAGAGUUGUUCAAUUCAGGUGGAGAGUCACGCAGGACCUUUAGGACUGGUGCAAUUUCAGUACUAUAUGGGGGAACUUAAACAUUAAUUCUGUAUCAGAUCACCAAUGCUCUAUGGGAUUAACUACGCUUAGUCCUGCAAAUUCUUCAUUUAGUUUAUGGAAUAAGCUUCUCAAACUACAUCUAUAUGUUGGAUGACAUCACAUGUGUGAAUGAUACAAAUGUAUCUUCACCCUGUUGAUUGUAGGACACAAUGCUGGCAUUGCGGUCAUGAGCAAGCACUAGUACUUAGUUCACCGUGGCACCACUAGAAGUUAACAGGAGUCACAUAUCCCAUCGGAGAUUCUAUGUUUGGUGGCACAAAGUGACACUAGGUGUGGAAAUGGCCAUUUUCCUUUGUUUCAUGCAGUGAUUUCAUAGGAUGAGGCACGCCAUUCUAUUUCAGGAUAAUACAUUUUGAGGUUUCCUGUAAUACCGGGAUAGUAAUUUAUAAAUACAAUGUUAAUUCCUACACCUAGAGUCAUUUUGUUUUCUGGUCAUUGGUAACAUUGAAGUUCCUCGUUGUACCAUGUGAGCUUCACGCACAAUAUUUUUUUGCCAUUUGAUUUUAAAAAUGUGUAUAUGAUUGGGGUUGUGUUUUGUUUUUUUUAAAUCUUUAUCUAUUAGGUCUUGACUGAAUUCAAAAUAUUACUUCUUUUAACAAGGACAAUAUGGCUAUAUGAGAACAUCAUUCAUAUCAGGCCAAUAUGUAUUUUAUGGUUCACUGACAAUUUAGUAUUGAUUUGCACAUGGUGGUAUAUGCAUAGAUACUCAUAAAAAAAUAAUACAUUUCAUUUGCUCCCUAAAGCUGGAGGCCCAGCUGAGAAGUAUGCAAGCUUCUCCACCACGUGUCCUUUGCUUACCUUAUCUUUGCUGUAGACCGAAUCUAAAAGGAUUGGUUGAGUCUGUCAUAUAUUUAACUCUAAAACGGUUUGAUCCCAAAAAGUUGGAAAUAACAUCACAAAGUCUGCUACUUUCAAACAGGCCAGAAAAGGAAUAUACUUUUACAAAAUCUCUCCUGCAAUCUAUUUUUUUUUUUUUUUAGGACCUGAUAGGGGUGGAAUGAACUGUAGAUAAAGGAAUUGCAACAGUUUGAACUAUGAAGUCAUCUACUCUCUACUGUGCUCCAAGAAUGGGCUGUACUAUUUACAAAUCAACAUUGCAGCGGGAUACAGGCUCAUCUUAUCACCCAACUAUUGGCUGUGAUAGGGUAGAAAGGGAUUGCCUUGGUGUCGUAAAUUCCCUAUACCUAUAUGAAUGAUUAAAUCCUUUUGCUUGAUUAACUAAACUUAGGAAUGAUGAGGCUCACUUUAUUCAUGAACCAUUUGCACCAUUUUAAAUCCUGUUUAUGUUGAAGUAAUUUGGUUUAUGCUAUAGAUAAUUUGAAUGGGAAAAUAACAAUGAUUACAUGGAAGUAUAUUGGUGAUACUGGCACAACAAUAAGUUUUCGAGGGGGUGCACAUGUGAAUGAACCCCUGCAUUCCAUUUGGGGUACACUCUGAGCUCAAGCUUGGGGACCCCCACCAUCCUAUAAUUAUGCCUUGCAGACCAAGAACGUCCCAACUGGAGGUACAUAGCGAUAUCUUGGUAAUGGUGCUCCUUAAAAUGAAUCUAUAAUUUAAAAAAUGUUCGAGAAACUUGUUUGUGUUUCUAAUGUUACAUAAGAAUGCUCUCUGCAUUGUGCGGUAAGAGAGGGACGAAAAAUAGAUUUUAUUGAAUAUGGGGUGGGGGGCAAUUUUAAAGUAACUGCAAGGUCCCUAGCAACAGGACAUUAAGAGGGUUUUUUUUUUUUUUUUUCUUUUAGCAUAGCAGAUAUGGUUUGCUGAAAGUGUGGGGUAAAUUGAUAUAUUUGAGUGCAAAUUAAAAACAUUAUAAAGUUUUUCUCACUUGUAA